UUUAAUCGGGAUCGAGAUUGAAAAUAUAUUUUAAAAAAUAAUAUACGGUGAUGAUAAUCCCGAAUUAAAACAUAAUACAUUAGUUUCAGAGAUGGGAGGAUUGUUUUCUAAAGAAAAGAAGUCCAAACCAGCAGAAUCUAAAGUUACAGAGCAAGAUAAAGCCAUUCUACAACUGAAGCAACAGAGAGACAAACUAAAACAGUAUCAAAAGAAAAUUGUGGUACAGAUUGCAAAAGACAGAGAAGUUGCCAAAUCAUUGCUCAAAGAUGGGAAAAAGAAUAAGGCCAAGCUAAUGCUGAGGAAGAAGAAAUUCCAGGAAUCACUGAUAGAAAAAACAGAUGGACAACUAGACAACAUAGAACGGAUGGUUCAUGAUUUAGAAUUUGCUCAAAUUGAGAGUCAAGUCGUCCAGGGCUUGAAAGUGGGAAAUAAUUCCCUCAAAAAGUUACACGACAUCUUAUCACUUGAAGAUGUUGAGAAAAUAAUGGAUGACACCAGAGAAUCUAUUGAUUAUCAGAGAGAGAUAGACGAGCUGCUGUCAGGCGGCCUAACAGAACAAGAUGAAGAGGAUGUUCUCGCAGAGCUUGAUGAAAUUUCCCAAAUGGAGUUACCUGAAGCUCCAACUGAUGAAUUACCUGAAAUUCAAGAGGAAAAACGUAAAGAAAAGCCUCAGAAAAAUCGCCAGGAAGCAGAAGCUAUGAUGGCAUCAUGAUGUUCAUCAGUGAGCACUUGGAUUAUUCUGUGAUAAUGCCAUCUGACAGACUCCAUUAUAUAAACAUGAAAUAUUUACCUGCUGAACCAGAAUGCUCUUUAUUCAGUCUCCUCAAUUUAUCCUCUUAAUUAGAUUAAUGACUUAAUUUUAUUUUUGUCUUUUGUAUGGUUUUAGAGACUAGCUAUGAAAAUUUGUCACUGGAAAAUUUCCAGCCACUUGAUGUUAGAAAACUUCAUUGAAAAAUUUCCUUUUAUGAAAAGGUUACCAAUACACUUAUUUACAAUGAACAGUCUUAGCUGGGGGUGGGGGUGUGUGGGUGGGUGGGUUGGAGAUUGCUUUAUAGUUACAAUGUGAUAAUGUGGAGUGGCAAUACAUACAUGUAUUGUAAACUGGUAAUUGUCAUUUUGUGGCUUCAGUAAUUUGAAGUCGCUUUGCAUAAACAAACAGGAUUUUAGCAGCUGUGAAUUUGAUUGCUAACUUCUUUAUUUUAUCUUUUGUAUUUAGGUGUAACCCAGACACGAGGACAAUAUGUCCAUUUGUUCUGAGUGACAUAAAAAUGUCUGUGUUUUAGAUUUAUAAUGUGAAUCUGGUUAAGUUAUUAAUUACUUUAUACAUAUUUUGUAAAUAAAUCAAUCAUGGGAAAAUUCUUCACUGUCAGUCAGUUUGAUUCUUAUUUUAUAAACUCUGUAGCAAUGUCAUGCAAUCGAUAAUAGGUAUACACUGUAUAACAGAUAUGCAAUAUACGACUGUACAAUAUACCACAAUAUAAUAUAUAUACGAUAUACACCAGGCAUUGCUCAUUAUCAAACAAAUUAUGUAAAAUGCCCUAAGUGAGUUCAAAAAGCUCUGUGCAAAGAAAAAAAAGUAUUUCAAUAGAAUUUUGCAUUCUUGACUUUACAUGUUGUGUAUUGGAUGUAUGUACAAUACACGUACAUGUCAGGUGCAUGUCUUGUGUAUAUACAUGUUUAAGAUUCCAAUAUGAAUAAAAUUGGUUUAAAAA